AAAUACUUAAACGUGAAUUAAGUCACAGUAAUUAACUGCUAUCUAGAACUUCCGUUACCUUAUACGAACGUUUACUACGACGAAAAAAAUAAUCAAAUAUCUCUCUUACGAUAUACGUAUAACGAAACUAGAAUCAAAUAUCUAACAUAACGUGGACUUUUACGGCCAUUAAUACUAAACCUAAUUAUGUGCUUAAUGACAACUACAACUUAAUUUGGAUAUGGAUAAGUGGCGUUAAUGUAUAUUAUGUACAGUCAGAUUAAAUAAUUGAAUAUGAUCAAUCAUAUUUUUAACAUAAUUAAGUAAUUAAAUACCAUAAACUGUUUAAUGUUCAUGUAUAUAUGCCUGAUUUUAUUGAAUAUGUGGCUGACUGUACAAAUCUUAUACCCUUAGGACAAGACUGAAUACCAAGAAAUUCAACACUUGAACUGAGCCCAAUGUUAAUGUGCCCCAAUUCCCAUACGGAUUCUUUGAUUGUUGUGAUUUUAAAAGAACUUAUUCGACGAAUCUAUAAAUCGCAGGGUAUGCUCGAGAUAUUUAGUCUCAGGUAUUUUUGCGACAUAUAAACCGUUAGUGCAGUGGUCUACAGCUAUUUGCCUUACAUCGGAGCUGGCAGUUAGCCCACAGGGCUGGUCAGUGCUGGACAUUGGACUAUUUGGAGUGUGAAUUCGUGUUAGUGCGAGAUGUUCCCGGUUUCCGAGCAGCAGUACACUCUCUGCGAUGAGCUCCUCAGUCAAUAUGAUCCGCGGGUGCUGGACGUGUUCAAACAAGAGUUGUCAUACGGCAUGGAGCGUUUCUUCCUGCUGUCGUUCUGCCUGGCGUGCUGCUGGCCCGGCCUCGGCGCCAAGUCUGACCUGAGGGUGGUCCGGCAGUGGGCUGAGCUGGACUUCGCCUUCCCGAGCGAGGCUGAGAGGAGCCUGGCGCUGGCCUCCAGGGCCUAUGUGCCGGGGAAUUCGGUGCCGAUUGAUGUGGAUGUGCAUCAUAGAGGAGGUGGUCAAAUGUCGCGCAUCUUCAUCACGAUCCCGCGGUUCGACGAGGGCCGGCCCAUGACGCUCGGCACGGUGGACGAGCGCGGGCAGGUCUCGGCCUACCCCGACUACCAGUGGAACAACAACCAGGGGCAGAACUGCGACGGACUCACCUCCGUGUUUAGAGUUGCUAUAGACGAGUGCAGCCGGCUGUGGGUGAUGGACACGGGCAAGAUCGGCGACACCCAGUACUGUCCCCCGCAGCUGCUGGCCUUUGACCUCGGCACCGACCAGCUCAUCUACCGGUUCAAGGUCAACUCCAGCCUGUAUACCGACACCUCGCUGUAUAUUACACCCGUGGUAGACGUACGCUCGCGGGGCCCCGGCGACUGCGCCGACACGUUCGUGUAUGUGGGCGAUGUGUCCGGCUUCAGCCUGCUGGCCGUGGACGUGGCCGGCGAUCGCGCCUGGAGGAUCACGCACCGCCUGUUCUUCCCCUUCCCUAGCCGCGGGUCGUUUACUAUUGAUGGUGAGAGCUUCGACCUGAUGGACGGCAUCCUGGGCAUGGCCCUAUCUCCGGUGAGCCGGCGCAACGAGCGGUACCUGUACUUCCACGCACUUGCCUCCACCACGGAGAAUGUCGUGAGGACCAGCAUCCUGAGGAACUCUUCCUUCCUCACUAAUCCUAAUGCUGACCCGCAGGCUAUGAACGUAUUUCCGGAAGAGCGGCUAACACAAUCAGCGGCAGAAGCGAUGGAUCGCAACGGCAUCCUCUACUUCGGGGUGAUGGACCCCCCCAGUAUACUCUGCUGGAACUCAGCCACAGAGUUCGCUCCACGGAACUUCCACACCAUCGCAGUCAACCAGGAGACCCUCCAGUUCGCCAGCGGAGUCAAAGUAGUCAACAACCUCAAAGGCGAACAAGAACUUUGGGUUCUAACCAGCAGCUUCCAGAGAGUCAUGACCGGGACUCUCAACUCUAAUAGGGUGAACUUCAGGAUACACGCUGAGAAGAUCCCGAGGUUGUUAGGGAACAACCCCUGCACGAUGCCCCCAAAGGAUCGCCUCCAUGGUUACCAUGCGAAUCUUAUCACCCCGAUGACAGACCGCAUUCAUGGUUCCUACAGGUAUGGCGCUGUGUCAUAUCUUUAGAAAUACGCGCCAUGUCUGAUGAUCUGCUGAGUGGUUUCAUGUGGUACACGCCAUAAAUUGUAAGAUAGGGUAAUUUAUUGUAAUUAAAAAGUUAUGUUUUAA